AUGAGUCAUUUAAACUUUAUCGAUAAGAUUGCUGCCUGGAUAUGCGGUAAAUUAUGCAAUGAAGAAGAAUUAGGGAAUACUUUAGUUGCAAAUAUCAGUAGUGAUGAAUUACUUGUAGAAGUAUUAUCGAUUGAUAAGGAAUCAAUUUAUAAUGAAACAAAUUAUAAAUUGUUACAUAUUGACCAAUGUUUUGAAGUUGGACUUAGACUUAUUACUAAAGAUCAACAAGUGUUGGAUGUUUUAUUAGCGUUAGCCAUGGUUCUACCAGAAAGAUGUUCCAAAUAUUGGAUGCUUUUUUAUAACACUACAACCAAAUCCAAACAGUUAUUGAAACAACUUGUCAAAUGUUGCAUUUUUAAAAAUGAUUUACAAUGGCUUGCUUGUAAAAUCUUGUCUUCAUGUUGUGUUCCAUCUUUGAAUGAGUCGAAGGAAAUCAACUUUUUUAUUAGAGAGGAAAUCCAAGUUAUAUUAAAUCAAACUGAAUACAAACUUACUGAUUUAACUACAAUGAAAUAUUGGAUUGAUAUCCUAACUAAUUUUCAUAUUGAUAUUAAUUUCAAUAAACAUAUAAUUCCCAAUGAAUUUGCAGCCAAUGAGAUAAAACAAUUCAUAAAAGAAAACAAUGAUGUGAAAGAAGGCUUAAAUAUUCAAUAUUUCAAUAUUAUUAGUAUCACAUCAAGUAAAAAUACGAAAUUGAUUAACCAACAUUUCCAAGAUGAUCAUCCAUGUUUUAUUGAUAUCCUACCAAAAGUUUUAAUUAUUUGGAUCGCACAAGAAAAGAAUAAUUAUUUACCUUUAUUUUUCAAUUUAAAUAAUCUUCAAGGUUAUAACUCAGUUAUAGAAAACUCCUUAACUAUGUUAUUCAAUACCGAUAAAAAAGAUAUAACCUUUCAUUCAUCAGUAUUUUCUACAAAAAUUGAAGCAAUUAAAAAAAUUAGUAUAUCAUUAACAUUUCCAAGUAUUGAAAGUUUCAAGAUCAUGAAAUCAAAUUUAGAAGAUGCUGCAAAUUUGAAACAUUUGAAAGCUUGUUCAACGAAAGAAAAACUUGUUGUUAGAUGCAAGGAAAGAGAAGUGAAACUAUUUCCUUUAAAACAAGUUAGUCAAACUCCUGAAGUACAAAAUGAGGAUACACCUGUCAAUGCUAAACUAUCCUCACCAGCAUCUCUACCACUUCAACUUAGAUACCAAAGAAAAAGAAGAGUAGUUCUGCUGGAUAUCUCUGAUUGGGCUGUCGACUCCAAUGAUCCAAAUACAAGCACUACUAUAAAUGUUGAUUUAAAGCGGAAAAGAAUCAAUGAGUCAAAACAACAAAUUCAUAGUCAAAUAGAGGAGAGUAACGUUCUCCCAAGAACAAGAAGAUUCAGUAGGAUUCAAUCAUCUUCUCACAUAAGUGAACUGGAAUUCUCUGACGAAGUCGACAAAGUCACAGCUAAUACUUCUAUUAUUCAACAAAAUCGUGGAGAUACAACAUAUAAAUUUAUUUCUGAUGGAAUGAGUUCAUUAUCCAAUGGAAUAAUUUCAAAAUUAAGAAAUAUGGAAAAUGAUAUGAAAUUGAAAGAAAUGGAAUUAAAACAAGAAGUUGAAUUUAAAUUAUUACAAAUUAAAUCUAAUAAUGAAACAAUAUUAAAAAAAUUGUUAAAAUCUAUUGAAAAUAUUGAUGAAUUUCUUAAAUAA